AGCUUGCCUCUUCACAGCUAAAAUUUGAAACCAUUGUUACAGUAAUUCAGUACUGCUUUGUGAACAAUGGAUUUCAAAAGAAACCAUGUGAUCAGUGCCAUAUUCAUCAUCUUGGGGACUUUGGCUUCUCAAGCCACCUCCCGUGCAUUGUCCGAAUCUUCCAUUGCCGAAAAACAUGAGCAAUGGAUGGCAAAGCACGGCCGCAUUUACGACGACAGUGCAGAGAAGGAAAGGCGUUUUGCCAUCUUCAGGAAGAAUGUCGAAUUCGUGGAGAAGUUCAACAAAGAAGGGAACAAGACUUACAAGUUGAGCAUCAACAAGUUCUCUGAUAUGACCAAUGAAGAAUUCAUGAGACAUCAUACCGGAUACAAAAUGUCAACCAGCUCAAAUACUUCAACCUCAUUCAAAAGUAACUAUUUUCAGUACCAAAGCUUGGCUGCUACUGAUAUUCCAACUAGCAUGGACUGGAGGGAACAACAAGCUGUCACCGGCAUAAAGGAUCAAGGUCGAUGUGGUGCUUGCUGGGCAUUUACAGUAGUGGCAGCUGUGGAAGGGCUAACCAAAAUCAAAACUGGCAAAUUGAUCUCGCUCUCUGAGCAGCAACUUGUGGACUGCACUCAACAGAACAAUGGGUGCAGCGGUGGUAGCUUAGAAAGCGCCUACGAGUACGUAAUACAAAACAGAGGAAUCGCUCGCGAAGAUACUUACCAAUACCAGAGCACUGACAUGGGAACAUGCGACGCUAACAAGGAAAGUGAGCAUGCUGCACAGAUCACUGGUUAUGAACAAGUCCCUUCCAGAAGUGAAAACGAUCUACUCAAGGCUGUCUCCAUGCAACCAGUCUCGGUUAGCAUUGCUGCUUAUGGAACAGAGUUUCAGCACUACGGCAGUGGGGUGUUCUCUGGCGAUUGUGGAACACAUGUCGACCACGCCGUUACAGCCAUUGGCUACGGGACGACUGAAGAUGGAACCCCCUAUUGGUUACUGAAGAACUCAUGGGGCGAGCAGUGGGGUGAAAGUGGGUAUAUGAGAAUUCUUAGAAACAGUGAUGCCCCAGAAGGUAUGUGCGGCCUCGCUAUGAAUGCUUUCUAUCCGACUGCAUAAGUCUACGUAUAAUCACACCAAUAACAUAGCGGGUAGAACAGCGUUCCCGUCUGACUACUCCCGUUUUCCAUAUCUAUGAAAGUAUGUAGUUCCAAAUUCUACUAUGUAUUGUGAAAAGGCCUGUAUUUUGUACCAUAUAUAUAGCUUUGCUUCCAGUAUUAUAAAAAUUCUACUAUGUAUUGUGAAAA